UAUUUUUUUAGGAUUCUUGUCUAUUCUUUGCCGACAAACUAAUGUUGUUUUUCUGGGAAUUUAUGCUACAAAAUAUGUACUAUGUGAACUAUAUAAUGGUUGGGUUAAAAAGAAAAAUCAUUUGAAAAAAGAUGGAAAAUUACCAGCCAAACACUUUCAAAAAUUCGUGUGGGACAUGGCAACAAAUCCUCGGAGAAUUUUAAGUACUAUGUCAAACAGGUUUUGGUUAAAUUUCUCAUGUUACCUUUCAGUUUUAAUAUUUUUUAUUGCUUUUGUCAUAAUUAAUGGGAGCAUAGUCGUAGGCGAUAAGGAAGCUCAUCAAUUGUCAAUUAACAUUCCACAGGUCUUCUAUUUCAGUUUAUUUUGUUUAAUUUUUGGGUGGCCUUACUUUGCCAGUGAAGUUUUUAAUUUUUUGCUAUUUGUCAAACGUCAUAAAUUGCUUAUUACUUUAAGUAUUUCGAUUAGCGUUUUGGUAAUUUAUUUUAAUACUGUAGUACAUCCAUAUUUACUAGCAGAUAAUAGGCAUUUUAUAUUUUACGUUUGGAAUAGGUUUUACGGAAAAUACUGGUGGUUUAGAUAUUCAAUGAUUCCAGUUUACAUUUUUUCUCUUUAUGUCAUCAUAAAAUUGGUGUGGGAUAAGAGUGAUAUAAGCUUUUCCCUUGUAUUUUUCCCAGCUGUAACGCUACUUCUUAUUUUUCAAUCAUUAAUAGAAGUAAGAUACUUUUUAGUGCCAUACCUUAUUAUUAGAUUAAGAAUACAGAAUAAGGACUCUGCAGUUUUUAAUGUUGUCCUAGAAUUGAUAACUUAUUUUGUUAUAAACAUGAUCACUUUUAAUAUAUUUUUUACAAAAACUCUUCAUUGGGAAGGCAUGAGACAUGUUCAAAGAAUUAUUUGGUAAAGUAAUAAAAGUUUGUGAUAAAGAAAUUUGAUACUGUCAUAGUAAAAAGUUCUUAAAAGAUCUUUAGAUUUAGAUAUAAUAAAGCCAAGCUUUGAUUAUGAAUAGUUUAUUUUCUGAGUAGCAACAAAUAAAAUAUCUAGACUAUAACUAUUA